AUGAUAAGACUUUCGCUCGAGCCGUGCGUAACGAACGACAUUUCUCUCCCAGUCGCGGCCUACGUGUUUAAUCGGAUCACGUCGUACGGUGCUUCGAAACGUAGCCCAGUCCCUGACUGGCCGCAUUUACAAGGACUUGACCUCGCUGAUGCUGAUCGGACUCCGAUACAGAUAUUAAUCGGAGCGGACCUUUACGGAGCCACAUUACUAGAUGGCCUUCGAAAAGGUCCGUUCGGCAGUCCCACGGCCCAGUCAACGAUCUUCGGUUGGAUUGUCACUGGCCCUUCUAGUGAUAACGAUUCCAAUGCAUCUGUUUGCGUGGCAACUGUCAAUACUAUGGACGUAGACCUCAACCAAAUUCUCGUGCGAUUCUGGGAGACUGAGGAAGUUCCCAUGAAACCGAGCUUUACCGCGGACGAGGAGAAAUGCGAGCAUCAUUUCCGUAACACUCACGCGAGAGAUGAGAGCGGGCGAUACAUCGUUCGCCUUCCCUUUAAACAAUUUCCUCCACGUAUUGGCGAUUCACGCUGCAUCGCGACUCGAUUGUACGACAGACUCGAGAAGCGGUUAUCGCGCGAUGCUAGUCUCGCUACGUCAUACAAUGCGUUUCUUCAGGAGUACCUAGACCUGGGACACAUGGAGUUGGUCACCGGUCCAGAAUCGUCUCACGACCCCGUCGUCUACCUACCGCAUCACCCCGUCGUGAAGAGCGAAAGUUUGUCGACUAAAUUGAGGGUUGUAUUUAACGCGUCAUGUGCUACAUCGAAUAAAACGUCCCUCAAUGACCAUCUUUAUACAGGGCCCAAGCUGCAGAAUAAUCUGAUGUCUAUACUAAUCAGAUGGCGACAACAUAAAUACGUAUAUCUUGCCGACAUUGAGAAAAUGUUUAGACAGAUAAUGGUGCAUCCCGAGGAGGCCGAUUACCAGCGCAUUCUGUGGCGACCGUCGUCACAGGCGUCUCUCCAGUCGUACCGUCUACGUACCGUUACGUAUGGCACCGCUCCAUACCUCGCAAUACGGGUAUUGCACCAGCUGGUCGAAGAUGAAGAUCAUCGAUUUUCUCUUGCUCGUUCCAUUCUGCUACACGAGAAUUAUAUCGAUGACAUUUUAUUUGGUGCCGACGAUAUUGACACGGCCAAUGCCAUGAGAAUCCAAUUAGUCAAUAUGCUCGCGGCGGGCGGAUUCCGUCUGCGUAAGUGGGCGGCCAACGCUACCGCAAUGCUCGAGGAUGUGCCGCCUAAUGAUCGAGCUAUCAACAUGGAUCACUCCUUAGAAGAGGAUAACAACAUCAAGGUCCUCGGCAUUUCAUGGUUGCCACGAGAUGAUUCCUUCUCCUUCUACAUAUCGCUCCCGCCCACUGCGGUAGCGACCAGGUAG